UCUAGGCAAAGGCUGAAACAGUAUUAUGUUGUGAACAAGUGCCGAGGGUGGGAAAAGGCGAGGCGGCAGACUGGGAGGCACUGAAUGUUACAGCGGUGAAAGACACCCUUUGUGCAAGCCUUCUGGAAAAGGGGGAAGGGAGCUGGGCAGAGAAAAGCAGAGGGGAAGCUGAAGAGCCAGGGUUGCCAUGCCCAGCUGAUUCCGCCAGAUGUGCAGGUACAUUCCAGCGGUUACAGUAGCUGCUGGAAGCUCCUGUAGGGGGCCAUGUGGAUUUCAGGGAUGCGAGAGCAGAGGACGAACCAGCGCACUCCUUCAACCCUUCUUUGGUGACGAAGAGCUCUCGCUGUCAUUAAAGGCAUAUCACCUCCCUUGGCGACUGUGCCAGGCAUCAGGGCACCGGCGAACCGACACUGAGAAGGGCAAGCCCCGCCUGGGUGUAGGUGUUACAGACCUUCUUACCUUACCUGGGGGAAAGGGGCGCCCGGAUCGCGCUCCUUUCCUUUUGCACCAAAGCUGCAUGGCUUGUGGCUUAUUUUUCCAGCUGGCAAACGUCACCAUGAAGACAAGGGAAUGCCUGUGGUUCAAAAAGUAAGUGACAGCAUCUGACUUUUUCAAGGAGUUUCGAUGCCCCUUUGGCCCUCCAGGCACCAUACAGGACCAUAAGGGUUAAAGAUGAUGAAGAAGAAAAGGAAGCGAGGCCCGAUCGCGUGUCCAUGCAGCAGCCCCGGCUCCCGGGCCCCCACGCCGCCGCCACAGCCCCGGAGGAGACCUGCAUGGACGGGCAUGGGGAGAGCUGCCCCUUCCUGCGCCGCCGCCACCGGGGCUGAGCCGCGCCGGCGCCGCCCCCGUCGCGGCUGGCGCUCGCCUCCGCUGGCCGCCCUGCUGCUCCUGCUCGGCCUCGGGGGGCUGCCCGCAGGUUAUUGCCAACAGCCAACCCAGUGUCGAAUCCAGAAAUGUACCACAGACUUUGUAUCACUGACUUCUCACCUGAACUCUGCCAUCGAUGGCUUUGAUUCAGAGUUCUGCAAGGCUUUACGUGCUUAUGCUGGCUGUACCCAGCGCACUUCUAAAGCCUGCCGUGGCAACCUGGUCUACCAUUCAGCUGUUCUAGGAAUCAAUGACCUCAUGAGCCAGAGAAACUGUUCCAAGGAUGGACCCACAUCCUCUACCAACCCCGAAGUUACCCAUGACCCUUGUAACUAUCAUAGCCAUUCAGAAGCUAGAGAACAUCAGGGAGGGGAUCAGAGUCCUCCUGCUUACCUUUUUUGUGGCUUGUUUGGAGAUCCUCACCUUAGAACUUUUAAUGAUCACUUUCAAACGUGCAAGGUGGAAGGUGCCUGGCCUCUUAUAGACAAUAAUUAUCUUUCUGUACAAGUGACGAAUGUACCUGUGGUCCCUGGAUCCAGUGCUACUGCUACAAAUAAGAUAACUAUUAUCUUCAAAUCCCACCAUGAGUGUACCGAUCAAAAAGUGUACCAAGCCGUGACAGAUGACUUGCCAGCAGCCUUUGUUGAUGGCACCACCAGCAGCGGGGAUGGUGAUAUCAGAAGCCUGCACAUUGUGGAGAAGGUGAGCGGCCAUCAUGUGGAGAUGCAUGCCAGGUAUAUAGGAACCACAGUUUAUGUGCGGCAGUUAGGUCGCUACCUGACUUUGGCCAUACGCAUGCCCAAAAACCUGGCUAUGGCUUAUGAAGAAAGCCAGGAUCUGCAACUCUGUGUGAACGGCUGCCCCUCAAGUGAGCGCAUUGAUGAUGGGCAGGGGCACGUGUCCGCUAUUAUGGGACAGAUGCUUCCCCGACCUGCCUCAGCCCCAGCCUGGCCUGGGUAUACACUGGAGACUGCCACUACUCAAUGCCAUGAGAAGAUGCCAGUGAAAGACAUCUAUUUUCAUUCCUGUGUCUUCGACCUGCUCACCACUGGUGAUGCUAACUUCACUGCCGCGGCUCAUAGUGCCUUGGAGGACGUGCAGGCACUACACCCUAGAAAGGAACGCUGGCACAUUUUCCCCAGCAAUGGAAUUGGGGGCCUAAUGGGAAGUAGCAGCUUGUCUAUCAGUCUUAGACUCAUAUGCUUGAUCCUUGUGGCGUUUUUGUAGGGUUGUUUUUUUGUCUAUAACAAAAGUUUUAAAAUAUAUAUUGUCAUAAUAUAUUGAGUAAAAAGAUAAGAGUAUAUAUGUAUAUACCAUGUAUAUGAAGGGAUGUUUGUCCUGGGACACCCACCGGAUUGUACAUAUUGUGUUGGACUGUUUUUCAUGUAUGUUGGAUGUAGUAUUCUUUGAUUGUAUCAAUUUUGUUUUGCAGUUUUGUGAAAUGUUUUAUAAUGUCCCUGCAUUGGGACCUGUUAGAAAGCACUUUAUUUUUUAUAUAUUAAAUAUUUAUGUGUGUAUAUGGUUAAUAUGUAUAGUCCAUACACACAGAUACCACACCCAGUACUCCCUCUGAAGAAGGCCUACUUAAGACGCAGAUAUGCUCAUUACUACUAUUUUUUUACCUGAUUCUUAGUGCUGUGCUGCCAAGGACCUCAAUUUUCAUGUUCAUAAAAAUCACAUUCUUUAUUUUUAUAAAUCAGGCUGAUUAGGUCAUUUAAACUAUAUCUUCAUCCUGUUUUCCUCCAUCUUUUAUCCAAUGAUAAGUGUAGUGUAAAUGCUUAUCGUAGACUACUGAGGAAAAGAACCCAACUGCCAAUCUUACACUGAUGUUUUUACCAAUUAUUCUUUAAAAGAGAUGAGAGAGGCCCUCUUUUAGUCAAAAUUUCUGUCCCCUAAUGUACUAUCAACCUUUUUUUCCUCUGAAAAUCUUUCUAAAUGUCAUUAUGUUGUUUCUUAUAGUCUUCUUUACCCUCUUUUCCAAGGUUUUCAUACAUGUCACCCCUCUUCAGUUAGCAACAUGUUUAUAUAUCCAAGAUGAAACGGAACAUGGAAGCAAUGACAAUUCAAGCUUUGUUAGGCCACCAUGGUAAAUUGGAGGUGGUUGGUUAAAGUAAUAAUUGUUGCCCAGGUCAUUGCAUCAGCUUCUCUCCCCAAGACCUCUAAGCGAAUUUAAGAAGUCGUAAUUUAUCCACCUAAUAACUCAGUGUUGUUUUCAAAAGUCUGGGAGCCAGAGCUCUCAUUCUUGUUUAUCUAUGUCUCUCUUCCCCCACUCUCCCACCUAAAAAAAUAACCAGAGUCAAAUGAAUCGUUGACCACCUCAUUGUGGCUUGAAGUAUGUUCUUGCACCAGGUGGAACUAACACAGCUUUAUUGCAUUUGGAUGACAAUUUUGGUAACAUAAAUCUGUGUUUAGCUUAUAUUUGUCAGUUAACUGCUUCCCUCUUUCACAUCACUUUGCCUGUAGACCUAGCAGACCUAAAAACCAAAUCUUGCUUUCAUUAUUCCAGCUGAGGAAGCAAUGCUCUUGAGUGAUUUGAGGCUUCUUUGCACUGAGAAAUGCUAGUUUAAUUUAGGGCUGUGAUGAGAUAGAUAUCUUCAGCUCCUUGUCCAUUCACGUAUCCAAGAGCUUGAGAGAACAAGCUGAUGCUAGGUCUGGGAAAAUGUUGAAAAGAAUCCUGGCUCUCACAUGGUAUGAUACAAGGGCUCCACGCUAGGGAAGCGACCUUUGAUUUCAGUGCUAUAGGGCACUUCCAGAUGAGCAAAUUCCUUCCACCAAUGCAGGUUAGCACCUUCUUUGCAACUCAUAGUCUUAGAGAGUUGAGUAGGAGCACUUAGAGGUUAAGUAACUUGCCUAGGGUCUCAAAGUCAGGACACACUCCAGAACUAGUUCAGUGGAAAUAGGUCUUAAGAGGAUCUUAGAAAUUAUUUAGUCCAGCCCCACCCCCUGACCCCCCAUUCUUUUACAGAUAAGAAAACCGGUCCUGAGGUUAACGGGCUUACCAAAGUCACGUUAAGUAAGUAAUAGAACCUAGAAUUUGAGCUUAGGUCCUCUACCUUCAAAUCAAGUGCUAUUUGAACAAAUUUCUUUAAUUUUUUUUUUAAUCUGUUUUGCACAAAUUGUUAUCAAAUUGAAGAAAGACCAUUUCUCAGAGCAGUAGGUGAGACCCUGAAGACUUGGACUGAGAGGUGUGCCACAUCACUUUUCUACCCUUUUAGGUUCUUUUCAGGAAGGAAAAAAGUGCCUCUGUUAAUGGUUUGGAAAAAAUAAAGCUGAGUUCUGUGUUUCACAUGAAAGAAUAAGUGAAAGUGGUCUGUAUUCCUGGUACAUAAUCACACUAUGGGUGUAAGUACCCAACUCUCACAGCAUACUUAACCAAUUCCCUUUCUUGCUAGAAUACCUGUAUACUACUUUUCUAUAAUCCUAGGUACCACAGAUCAGCAUGUUUCAGAAACGGGAGUUCUUCCCUAGGGGAUAGAGUUAAGUCCAUUUUCUGCUGUUCCUUCUCUUGGGUUUCUGGAGAAAAUGUUAACUUGCACAUGUUGGUUCCUGAAAUCCACCAUUAGUCAAAAAAAAAAAAUUCCCUUCACCCGAAACAUGUGGGUGUAUAGUCCGAAGCUGGUGAAUGGUCUCCUGGGGAUCUCAAGCGUAGAAGGAACAUGGAUUUUCCACAGAUGCUUCCAGUGACUGCCUUAAGAAGCCUUCAAUUAUUUCAUAUUUCUUUGUGUGCUUAGAAACCCCCACAAUGUGUCAAGACUUUGCAGGAAACUUUUAGAUGUGGUUCAUGGAUAUACUAAUAAGUAUUUGUGUAAAAGAGUGAGUGUGCAGUGUGUAAAUAAAUACUUUAAAUUAUUAUGCUAGAAAAAUAAAGUUACAUACCCUGCUGUGGAAUGCUUGUCGUGGUUAUAGUGACACCUGCUGAGAAUGCAGAGAAACACAGGUGCAGAAAGAAUCUGUUUAAAAAGCACCCAUUGCAGCAUAUCUGAUAACCAUCUAUUAGACAUUCUGUGUCACCCGCCUCCAAAUUCAAAAGACCAAGAGCAUUUUCUUGAUUCUUAUAUUAUUAUUGGAUGAUAGGUUUUUUAAGGGUGAUGGCAUGUAUGGUUUUUUUUCUUGUGCUGAGUCUGUGUGUGCACACGUGUGUGUGCAUGUUAUAAGUCAGAAAACUAUCAGAGCUGGAGGUGACCUCAAAUUAUUCAGUUUAACUCCCUCAUUUUACAAAUGAGGAAACGGGCAGCAAAUAUUCCUUCUGUGAGAUGGUACAGUGUUGCAAGAUCACUGUUUUUCAAUGGAAAUCUGGUUUGUGUUCAUAUGUUGACUAGACAGUUCUGUUGCUAGACAGUAUGUGUUGGAGCCUGUCAUUAGAAAUAAGAACUGAAUAAGAUUUGCAGAACGAUUUCCAUUUUUAACCUUAAUUUUAUCCUAAUCACAACUCUGUAAGGUAAGUAUUAUUAUCCCCACUUCACAGACGUGGAAGCUUAAGGCUUAUCUAGGGUUACAUGUGUGGUAUCAGACCAGAUUUGAUCCCAGGAACUCCUGACGCUCAAGUCCAGCACUCAACACUACUAUAAUUUUGACAUACUGAUUCAGGUUUUUUUUAAUUUUAGCAUAUUCCCAUGUCUUAGAUAUUCUUUAAAAUUACAUCACAACUUUUUCUUUAUUUAGGAAACACAUUGAAUGGGAGAAAAUUCGGCUUCAAUUACUUUGUAAACAACAGCCCAAGAAAAUAAGUUGUCUACAAUUAACUUCAACAGUUCCCUUAGUUCUAUUCUAGAAUGCUAUACCUUGACCACCUCAGAAUGGAAUGAUUCCAUUCUGUUUGUGGAUGUUCAUGCAUGGCUGUAAAAUAUCAUGAAAUUUAGCUGUUUGGUACCACUGUAUAUUGUACAAUGUAUAUUUAUACAAUCUGGACCCACACUGCUGCUUUGUAGCCUUUUUACAUAUUUCUUGUUUACUUAAUACAUUCCUUAC